ACAACUAUUAUUGGACGGAGGAAAUAUUAAACAAGGACCUUGUUAAACUCAAAACAAGUAUGAACACCAUUACACCAAACACACAAAACAACAACACCCAAAAAAAGAACACAAGCAAGAAGUUCUUCACAAACACCCAAAACACACACAUCACACACUUGAAAACCUUGGUUUAACCUCCCAUAGCAUUUGCUUUCUCUCUUUCUCUCUCUGUUAAUAUCUAUAUACAAACAAAUAUACAUACAAAACACAUAGUAGUAUAUAUUUGUAUAUUUCUUGAACUGCCCAGAAAAAUAUUAAGGCAUAUUCGUCUUUUCCUUUUUUCUCUCUCUCUUAGCUGUGUUUUCUUGGAAAAUCCAUUAGAGAAAAAAAUUGAAAAAGAAAUUCAAUCUUUUUCUUCUCUAAAACCAACCCCCAUUUCCUUAAAAAUAACAAAAAUCCCAUGUAGUCCUCACGGAUCUUUCAACUCCAACACAAAAUCCAAGAUUUUCUUGAUAAAGGGUGUUAAAAAAAAAACUGAUUUUUCCUCCAUUUUUCAGUGAUUCUUGAUAAAGGGUGUUGGAAAAAACUGAUUUUUCUGUCAUUUUUGAGAGUUUCUUGAAAAAGGGUGUCGAAAAAAAUUUCUGAUUUUUCUGCAUUUCGAAGUGUUUCUUGAAAAAGGGUGUCCAGAAAUCUGAGUUUUCUGUCAUUUUUGAGAGUUUCUUGAAUAAGGGUGUCGAAAAAAAUCUUAUUUUUGUCGAAAAAAAUUUCUGAUUUUUCUGCAUUUUUAAGUGUUUCUUGAAAAAGGGUGUCCAAAAAUCUGAUUUUUUUUGCAAGUUUUGUUGAAAAAAAUCUGAUCUUUAUGUCAUUUGAAAAAGUUUCUUGAAAAGGGGUGUUCAAAAAAUCUGAUUUUUCUGCCAUUUUAAGAGUUUCUUGAAAAAGAGUGUUGAAAAAAAUCUGAUUUUUAUUCCAUUUUUGUUGGAAAAAAUCUGAUUUUUCUACCAUUUUUAAGAGUUUCUUGAAAAAGGGUGUCCGAAAAAUCUGAUAUUUCUACCAUUUUCAAGAGUUUUUUGAAAAAGGGUGUUGAAAAAAAUCUGAUUUUUCUGCCAUUUUGGGUAAAAAAUUCUGAAUUUUCUGCCUUUUUUUUUGUGUGUGAGAAAUGGUGGUGAAGAUGAUGAAAUGGCGACCAUGGCCACCUCUUAUUUCCAAGAAAUUUGAGGUGAAGAUUUUUGUAGGCAAACUUGAAAAUUUGGUGAAUGAGGUGGCAGCUUCUGGUGGUGGUGUUGCAGUGGAGAUUAGGUGGAAAGGUCCACCAAAAAUAGCAUUGAGUUCAUUUAGGAAAACAGUGAAGAGGAACUGUACUAGAGAAGAAUUGGUGAAAAGUGGACCAAAUGGUGUUGUUUUGGUUGAGUGGGAUGAAGAAUUUCAGAGUUUGUGUAGUUUGUCUGGUUAUAAAGACAAUGUGUUUCAUCCUUGGGAGAUUGCCUUCACUGUGUUGAAUGGUAUGCAUGCUAAGAACAAGGCACCUAUUAUUGGUACAGCUGUCAUAAACGUUGCUGAAUUCGCUGCCAAGAUAGAGGAGAGAGAAUUUAAGCUGAACAUUCCUCUGGUAGUUCCAGGGGGUGCUUCGGAGACUCGGCCCAUGCUUUGUAUAUCGCUUAGCUUGUUCGAACUAAGAGAUGCGCAAGAAUCAGCAGAGUUUGUUCAGAGGCCAUUAGCUCCUGUUCAAUCUCCAGCACAGUCUGUAGAAACUCCACCAGUAGAGAAGGAUGAACUUUCUGCACUCAAAGCUGGCCUCAGAAAGGUUAAGAUAUUUACUGAGUAUGUAUCAACUCGGAGAGCAAAGAAAGCUUGUCGAGAAGAAGAGGGUAGUGAAGAAAGAUGCUCAGCAAGGAGCGAAGAGGGGGAAUAUGCUUAUCCUUUUGAUUCCGACUCCAGUGAUGAGUAUGAAGAAGGAGAGUCAGAUGAGGGAAAGGAGGAUCCUACUGUUAGGAAGUCAUUUAGCUAUGGUCCAUUGGCUUACACGAAUUGCGCAGGAGUUUCUUUUCAUUCUAGUACAAGGGUCAACGGUGAGGGUGAGGAUUGGGUUUACUUUAGCAACCGUAGAUCAGAUGUGGGCUGCUCACAAAUGGAUGACCACAUCACCUGUGCUUCUGAUCUUGUAGUUCUGCAGAAUCCAAAGCGCAGUAUCCUACCUUGGAGGAAGAGGAAGCUGAGCUUUAGAUCUCCUAAAUCCAAGGGGGAACCGUUGUUGAAGAAGGAUAAUGGGGAAGAAGGUGGAGACGAUAUUGACUUCGAUCGUCGGCAGCUCAGUUCUGAUGAAUCUCUGUCAUUUGGGUGGCACAAGGUGGAGGAAGACUCGACUGCUCAUCGAUCUUCAGUAUCUGAGUUUGGUGAUGACAAUUUUGCUGUUGGCUGUUGGGAACAGAGAGAGAUAGUAAGUCGAGACGGACACAUGAAGCUUCAAACUCAGAUAUUCUUUGCUUCCAUUGACCAGCGAAGUGAGCGAGCUGCUGGCGAAAGCGCAUGCACAGCCCUUGUUGCUGUGCUUGCUGAUUGGUUGCAGAACAAUCGUGGUCUCCUGCCCAUUAAAUCGCAGUUUGAUAGUUUAAUUAGAGAAGGUUCGUUAGAAUGGAGGAAACUUUGUGAAAACGAAACAUACAGGGAACGGUUCCCUGACAAACACUUUGAUCUGGAGACAGUUCUUCAAGCCAAAAUUCGCUCGAUAUCUGUUGUGCCAGGGAAGUCCUUUGUCGGUUUUUUCCACCCUGAUGGGAUGGAUGAGGGAGGAUUUGAUUUUUUGCAUGGUGCUAUGUCUUUCGAUAAUAUCUGGGAUGAAAUUAGCCGUGCUGGAUUACAGUAUGCUUCUGUGAAUGAACCACAAAUCUAUAUCGUCAGUUGGAACGAUCAUUUUUUUGUCCUGAAGGUUGAACCCGAAGCUUACUACAUCAUCGACACCUUAGGUGAAAGACUCUACGAAGGCUGCAAUCAAGCUUAUAUACUGAAGUUCAACAAGGAUACAGCCAUCUAUAAACAGCCAAACACUACACACUCAGCAGAAGAAAAACCUGCUGCCAAUCAGCAAACUAUUUCUACAACGCCGGACCCAAAACUCAGUGAUGCUCCUCAUACCGCUUCCGGUUCUCUCGACAGUGAAGCAGUGAAUGUAUCGGAUGAACCAUCAAAGGUUGGCAGUGCAGAAGAAAUUGUGUGUCGGGGCAAAGAGUCAUGCAAAGACUACAUCAAGAGUUUUUUAGCUGCUAUACCAAUCAGGGAACUGCAGGCAGAUAUCAAGAAAGGUUUGAUAACAUCAACCCCUCUUCAUCAACGGCUUCAAAUCGAACUCCAUUUCACUCACUUACAACAACUACAAUCACCCAUAACUCCGGCAAUAGAGAUAGCAACGGCUGCACAAGAACCGCCUGCAGUUGCAAUGACCGAGAUCUCAGCGUAAAGAGUCUUUUAACUGUAAAUCUAAGAAGUGUAUGAUAGUUUCUAACUAGUUUUCGCUCUGUCGUUAGCUUUGUUUCGUGUUGCAUUAGAGUAAGAUAGUGUUAAGCUUCUAUGGAAGUAAAAAUUUGUACAUCGACCUUCUGUUCUGGAAUUAUAAUAGAUGGUUUCUAACUUCUGAUCUUUC